AUGGACGCUCUCUGGGACGAGUAUGUAGACGACAUACGACCCAUUGUCGAGGACCUGUAUGACACCACCACUCUGGCGAAACCUUCUGGGCCGCUGGGCGCUGUGCUCCAUAUCCAAUGGCACUAUCCGACAUUCGCGACGAAGAAGACAAACCGGCGGUUUAGGCACGUAUUGGAUCCGUGUAGUCCAAGUCUUUCUCAGCAAGCGAAAAAGAUCGGCUGCAGCACAAGUGUUUCCACGUCGGAUAUGAUUCCAUUCCGGAACAAGGCUAAGCAUCCUGAAUAG